GAGGAGAUUGACACGCGCUUGACUGAGAAAACGUUGGGCAGUUUCGUUACGCCACAAAGACCAAUUAAAACCCCAUUCCCUUUCUUCAAUUUCUUCUUCUUCUUCUUCUUCAAUCCAAAAUCCAAAUUCAACCAGGAAUUCCAAUCCAAAACCCUAACCAUGGCCGACCCAUUUGAGGUCGUUUCCCCCUCCGAUCAAAACCCUAAUUCCACUACUUACGCUUCCGAAUUUGAUCCCCUCCCAAUUCCCCCUCUCGACUCUCUGUUUUUCUCCGAUCCCAAUCACGACGGCCCCGCCGACCCUUUUCUUUAUUCCACUGCCUUGGAUUUGGGUUUCGACGAAAAUGAUGACUUCGAGCUCACCUUUGAUGAUCUCGACAACCUUUACCUCCCCUCUGAGGCUGACGAUUUCCUCAUCUCCGAUAAUUUGGAUCAGACUACCAAUUCCCCGCACUCGCCUCCUGAUGUCCCACUCCAGGAUGAUGCUAGUGUUCGCGUUUCCAGCCCUGCAGCCUCUCCAGGAUCGAGGAGCUCUGCGGUUUCUUGCGAGCAAUCUCCCGAUGAUUGUAAGUUCCCAAACUAUCAAUCUUCGAAAUUAGGAACAGCAGAUAGCGAGUGUGUUUCUACUGAUUCUAGUGGAUGGGACUCUAAGCGUUCGAGGAUAGUGAAUUGUCCUUCCCCCGAUGGUAGUGAUCAUGAAUUCUCCGGCGGCCCAGCAUCUUCUCAGGGCUCGGGUUCGGGCAUAUCUGAAGGAAUGAAUUGCCCAUCUUCUAAUGCGGAAUGUUAUGAUGUUAUUUCCGACCAGAAGAUUAAAUCAGAGGAAGUGGGGAAAAAUUGCAUGACGAAGAGGAAGAAAGAACAGGAUGAAGGGAACGCGGAUUCGAGAUCUGCCAAGUAUAGAAGGUCAUCUGUACCUGCAGAAACAACCGAUCCCCAAUUGGGUCCCUGUUCUGUCAAUGUAGAUGAUGAGAAGAGGAAAGCGAGGUUGAUGAGGAAUCGAGAGAGCGCGCAGCUUUCCAGGCAGAGGAAAAAACAUUAUGUGGAGGAGUUGGAGGAUAAGGUUAGAAACAUGCAUUCAACCAUAGCUGAAUUAAAUGGUAAGAUAUCGUAUAUGAUGGCUGAGAAUGCAGGUCUAAGACAGCAGCUGAGUAGUAGUAGUAUGUGUCAGCCUCCUCCUCCUCCUGGGAUGUAUCCUCAUCCUUCAAUGCCUCCAAUGCCUUAUACAUGGAUGCCAUGCGCUCCUUAUGUUGUUAAGCCACAAGGGUCUCAAGUCCCUCUGGUUCCAAUUCCUAGAUUAAAGCCCCAGCAACCUGCACCUGUAGCAAAGGGGAAAAAGAAUGAGAGUAAGAAGGCUGAGGGAACAACUAAGAAGGUUGCCAGUGUUAGUCUUCUGGGUCUAAUGCUCUCUUUUAUGCUUUUUGGUGUUCUAAUUCCUUUAGCGAAUGUCAAUUUUGAAAAUGUUGGAGGAGGUCCUAGUAAGUUGUCAUUUGUUGGUGAUAAGGUAUACAAUCAUAAUCGGAGGAGGAUUUUGAGUGUUGAUGGGUAUUCAAAUUUAUCUGAUGGUGUGAGUGUAGAAACCCCUUGCGGGAAAUCUGGUACUUUGAAUAGCUUACAAUGUGAGAGAAUCUAUAGGAAAGGGCGGGACUUGAAAUUUGAUCAACGAGGAAAGGGAUCGCAACGUUUAAAUGAUUUAGAUGAGUCUAUUAAGCUUGGAAAUGCUAGUGAACCUCUCGUUGCGUCUUUAUACGUUCCAAGGAAUGACAAAUUAGUGAAAAUCGAUGGGAACUUGAUAAUUCAUUCUUUCCUUGCUAGCGAGAAAGCUAUGGCCUCUCGCAGGGCUUCUGAUACCAACAAGGGUAGGGAAACUGGUCUUGCAAUUCCUAGAGAUCUUAGUCCAGCCCUCACUGUCCGAAACAUCAGGGCACUUACUUCUGGUCAAGAGGACCAUACUAAGACAACUGCGGCUGAUGGUAAACUCCAACAGUGGUUCCGUGAAGGCCUUGCAGGACCGAUGUUGAGUUCUGGCUUGUGCACCGAAGUGUUCCAGUUUGACGUUUCGUCAACAGCUCCAGGAGCAAUAAUUCCAGCAUCUUCCAUUGCCAAUACAUCUUCUAGAACACAUCGUAAGAAUGGUAGUCAGGUUAAUAAGGGAAAGAACAGGAGAAUCCUGGGUGGUCUUCCAGUUCCCUUAAGCGGAUCAAACUUCAACAUCACAGAAGAACCUGUUAGAACCUCACACAAAGACAGCCUUCCAGGUAACAAUAAAACAGCUUCGUCCAUGGUAGUUUCUGUGCUCAUUGAUCCCAGAGAAGCUGGUGACAGUGAAGUUGACAGCGUGAUUACGCCGAAGUCUCUUUCGAGAAUAUUCGUGGUAGUGUUGCUCGAUAGUGUCAAGUACGUCACAUAUUCAUGUGUUCUUCCCCGCUCAGGUCCUCAUCUCGUGUCUACUUAAAACCUGGAAACCAUUCUGCCAAUUGAUCUAUAUACCACACAUUUUUGCACAUAACCAGGACAAUUGGCAGGGUUUAAAGAAUAACCGUCUGAUCAUGACUUUGAAUUUACCUUGUAAUGCUUAACUUUUAGGAUUAGUUUAGUUAUAGUCAAGUCUGUAAUGGACUGUUAUUUAGUGGCUUUGUUUUAAUCCUCAGUCAUAAAUAGACAUGGGGAGAGAGUAUCACUUUCUGCAUAGAAAGCAAAGUGUUAGAAACUCAGAUGUUUGACUGAACACUAUUUAACUACCUCCAUUACAUUCCCUUUUCUUUUUCA